CGGCGCGGGGCCGCCAUGGACGCGCCGUCGCUGCCCGCCGCGCUGGAGCUGGUGGCCGGCGCUGGCCUGGGGCUGAGCCCGGAGAAGCGGGCGGCGCUGGGCUCCUCGCUGGUGCUGCUGCAGCGGGACUACCGCUUCGAGCGGGUCUGGUUCUGGGGCUGCAUCCAGGGCGUGCGCGGCGCCUACUACAUCGCCGAGGGGCUGGGCCCCGACCGCGCCGCGCCCCGCAGCCGCCUCUACAGCUUGAACUGCGUGGAGUGGAGCCUCCUGCCCCCAGCAACCGAGGCGAUGGUUGCUCAGGCUGCGCAGCUGCAGGGCCGUUUCCAGGGGGAUCCUUCUUUUGAAUAUGAGUACCCCGCAGAGAUAGAUGCAGAACGUGCUGGAAAUGUAUCUGAAGAUGAUGAGAAGCCCACAAUGAAGGAGGAGGCCCGUCUUGUAGCUACCAUAGAGCAGAUAGACAGAGCAGUUGGUAUCGUCCCCCGGGGGGCAUUUGUGAAGACUCCUCUUGGGUCUGUGUGUGAAAACAGAAACUUUGAAGGUCUUUCUUUCACAGAAGCAAAGAAGUUAAGUUCCUAUUUCCAUUUUGCUGAGCCUGUUAACCUGAAGACUAAAACCCUGCUGGAAAAGGCUGACUUGGACCCAUCCACUGAUUUUCUAGACUCUCUGGAGCACGAUAUCCCAGAAGGGUCCUGGACUGUCCAGCUAGAGAGGGGAGACAGCGUGGUGGUGCUGCGCAGCCUGCUGUGGCUGGGACUGACGUUCUACCAUGUCCCAAUGACUAAGCAAUAUGGCUACGUCUACUUUGGCACUGGUGAGAAGAACAUAGAUCUGCCUUUCAUGCUGUGACUCUCCUGUCUGGGAUGAGGACUGAAGAACAUUUGGUUGUUAUACUUAGGAAAUUUUUGUUUACUGUUUGUUCCAAUAAAUGUGUGGAAUUUCUGCACUUUGAGCAGGAUUCUUUUG